AUGAAAAUUCACAUAUAUUUACUAUAUCAUUCUUAUUUAUUGAUCACAAUAGUAGUGUAUAUUUACAUUUGUUGCAUUGAUCCAUAUUAUAACUUAAAGAAGAAUAUAGAAAUACAAUUAGUAAGAAAUCUAACGGAAUUGUUUAAUUUUAAAGAUGAAGAUAUUAUAAAUUCUUCAGGUAUUUCAUUGAAGGAUCUACAAUUAUUAUACAACAGAAGAGAAUCAAAUUAUGAAAACACAUUGGCUGAAGGAUAUUUUGGAGAUUCAAGAAAUUUAUUUGUAAAAUUAAUAGAUACAUUAUUUAUAAAAAAUUAUUACAAGAACUUAGAAAAAGAUAAAAAGCUUAUUAGAACUAUAUAUAACACAUUAGAUUCUACCAGCUGCGAAGUGUUAAAUUUUUUAAGAAACUCACUUAAUGACGCGAAAGAUCAUAUAAAUAUGGUAUUUCAGGAACUUAACUCUUCUGUUAAAUAUGAAUUGGUAAGAUUUAGUGAUGUAGAAAUCACCCUUAGCCACAAUGGAGAUAACAUGGAUCUAUUAAUUAAUGAACAAGAUGCACAUGAAUACUUAGAACAGCUAAAAUUUAAUAGAGAGAUUCCUUUAAGAUUAGAAAAUUCCUUUGACUAUUUAAGCAAAUUGAAUGAAAAAAAUGAUAUAUUUUUUUCUAAGCUUAGUAAUGGUAUUUUUAGAUACACAACUUAUACUUUUGAUUAUAUAAAGUUACUUAAUAAUAAGUUUCCCCUUAAUUAUAUUUAUGGAGGUAAGUCUGAUAUCAUUAAUUACUGUAGAUAUGAAAUGGAAUAUAUUUUUAAUGAAUUUACUAAUUCUAUAUUUUUAUUUAAUAAAAAAAGAUACACUACAUUUAUUUCUAUAAAAGAAAAUAUUAAUGAAUUCUAUAACUUAAUGAAUAAUAAAAUUAGAGAAUUAGAUCGUACAAUAGAAGAAAAAACACAUAAAUUAUUUAUGGUACUAAAUAAAAUAUUAAAUGGAGAUAUAAAAUGUAUAAUAUCAUUUAUUGCAUACAUAUUUGAAAUAAAUCUUUCGAAUAAUAAGUUUAAAUUAGAUAAAAUUAAAGAAAAAUAUAAUGAGAAGUUAUUUCAAGAUAAAAUUUUAAAUAAAAUAAAUGAUUUAUUUUUACAAGAAAAAGAAGAGAUAAAAGAAUCCUUAGUAGAAUUUAAAACCUAUAUAAAAGAUAUUUUUGGUUUCGAUAUGAAUAGUACGGGUAUUAGAUCAUUAAUAAACAAGCUAUAUGGAUCAAUUGAUAUAAAACAUAUUACAGAAAUAUUUGAAGUUAUUGUAUCCUCAUUAUUAUGUAAGAAACAAAUUAAUGAGUAUGCAAAUUUUAUACAAUUACUUAAAAAUGAAUCUAAAAAUAGAAGGUUAGAUAAAAAAAAAUUUAUAGGUACCCACGGAAGAAUAAAUGAAAAAGUUUUAUUUAUUCCAAAAAAUAAAUCUGAAUAUUUAAUAUUAAUGUAUGCUGAAAUUUAUGAAAGAAAUAGUUUUAUUAAUAAUAUUAAGAGUUGCUGUAGUCAUUUAUCAUUAAUAUUACGGGACUUGGAUGAAGGAAUAUAUAAGUUUAUUAUCUUUAGAUUCUUAAUAUAUUCGUUAAAUAAUGAGUUGAAUAAAUCAAAAAAACUUUAUUUCAGUUCUAGAAAAAAAAAAUUAUUGAACAAAAAUGUUAUAUUAUAUUUUCUCUAUGACAUUAUGAACUUUGAUAGUAGUUAUGAAAAAAAAAAAUACAAAGAUAGUUAUCUCUAUAUUUAUUGA